AUGCUAGUUCGUUUACUUAACCAUGACCCUUGGGGGCUCCACCCACAACACAGAUCGCCGGCUGCACGACGCUACGCCGGGAGUGGGAGUGUCAAGUACGCCGCCGCUCGCGGUGUGCGCAUUAUCCCAGAAGUCGACAUGCCCGGCCACGCCAGCUCUGGCUGGGCCCAGGUCGAUGAGUCCAUUCUAACUUGCCAGAACAGUUGGUGGGCCAAUGACGACUGGCCAAAGCACACGGCCGUGGAACCCAACCCGGGCCAGCUCGACAUUCUUAACAACAAGACUUACGAAGUCACAGCCAAGGUCUACAAGGAACUGGCUACCAUCUUCCCCGGCGACUGGUUCCACAUUGGCGGUGACGAGCUCUUCCGAAACUGCAACAACUUCUCUGCCAAGGCCCGCGAGUUCUUUGACAGUGGAAAAACCAUGGGCGACCUGUACCAAGUGUGGGUCGACCGCGCCAUUCCCACGUUCCGCGCUCAGGUCAACAAGACGUUCGUCAUGUGGGAAGACGUCAAGCUCUCGGCAGAUGUGGCCGCCACUGGCAAUGUGCCCAAGGACAUUGUCCUGCAAGCAUGGAACGACGGUCUGAACCACAUUUCCAACCUCACCAGCCAGGGCUACCGCGUCAUUGUGUCGAGCUCCGACUUCAUCUACCUCGACUGCGGCAACGGUGGCUGGGUCGGCAACGACCCGCGCUACAACGUCAUGAAGAACCCUGACACGACCACGCCAAACUUCAACUGGGGAGCCGGCGGCGGUGACUGGUGCGCUCCUUACAAGACAUGGCAGCGCAUCUACGACUUUGACUUUACCCUCAACCUGACGGACACGCAGAAGAGCCUCGUCGAGGGUGCCAUCGCUCCUCUCUGGUCCGAGCAAGUCGACUCGGUCGUCAUCAGCCAGAAAAUGUGGCCGCGCGCCGCCGCCCUCGCCGAGCUCGUCUGGUCCGGCAACCGCGACAAGGACGGCCACAAGCGCACCACGGAAAUGACUCAGCGCAUCCUCAACUUCAGGGAGUACCUUGUCGCAAACGGUGUCCAGGCCACUGCCCUCAUGCCCGCUUACUGCAGGCAACACCCCCACGCCUGCGACCUCUACCUCAAUCAAACCACUCUGUGGGCCUCGGGCUGA